AUACACACCACACCACACCACACCACACGACACCGCCUUCAUCAACACACACACACACACUGAAGUCACUCACACAUUUGUAUCUAUAUCUCCAACGGCUUCAUACUCUUUAUUCAUCUUCUUCAAUAACCUCCAAUCGAACUGAAAACCUAGACUCUUUAUCCGGCAUCUGAAGCAGCGAGUUCCGUUAGGGUUUUAUAUGUACAGUUCGUACUGCUUGCAGUACAAUUUUAGCAGAUUCUGAACUCAAUUGUAUUUACUGAUUGGAGUGGAGUUUUAGCAGAUUUUGAAGUUAAUUAGAGUAAACGGUUUUAUCGAAGCAAAUCUAUGGCUUCAAGUUCCGAAAUAGGGCUUGCUGCAGGGAUGAAUAUCCUUACCGCAAUUGCAUUUUUGGUAGCAUUUGCUAUUCUUCGGAUUCAGCCUCUAAAUGAUAGGGUUUAUUUUCCAAAAUGGUAUUUAAAGGGGUUAAGGAAUGAUCCACUUCAAUCAGGUGCAUUUGUGCAAAAGUUUGUAAACUUGGAUUUUAGGUCGUACUUAAGGUUUCUGAAUUGGAUGCCUGCCGCACUACACAUGCCGGAGCCUGAGCUUAUCGAUCAUGCAGGAUUGGACUCUGUUGUUUACUUGAGAAUUUAUUUAACAGGACUCAAAAUAUUUGUUCCAAUUGCAUGCCUUGCGUUCACAGUCAUGGUGCCAGUGAAUUGGACUAAUCGGACUUUGGAACAGUCUAAAUUGACAUUCACUGAAAUCGAUAAACUUUCAAUAUCCAACAUUCCCACCGGAUCAAACAGGUUCUGGACUCAUUUAGUCAUGGCUUACACUUUUACCUUUUGGACAUGCUAUGUUUUAAAAAGAGAGUAUGAAAUAAUUGCAGCAAUGAGGUUGCAUUUUAUCGCUUCAGAACAACGGCGACCUGAUCAGUUUACUGUGCUUGUGAGAAAUGUGCCACCGGACCCUGAUGAGACGGUCAACGAACUUGUGGAGCACUUUUUUCUUGUUAACCAUCCAGAUCAUUAUUUAUCUCAUCAGGUUGUUUAUGAUGCAAAUUUUCUAUCCAAUUUGGUAAAUGAGAGGAAAACAAAGCAGAAUUGGCUUGACUAUUAUCAACUGAAAUAUAAUAGAAAUAACCAGUCAAAAAGACCAUCAAUGAAGACUGGAUAUCUUGGCCUGUGCGGGAAGCGUGUGGAUGCUAUUGAUUAUUAUCAAUCUGAGAUCGAUAAACUAUCGAAAGAGAUAUGUAAAGAGAGGGAAAAGAUUACAAAAAGCUCCAAGUAUGUUAUGCCAGCUGCAUUUGUUUCUUUUAAAACACGUUGGGGGGCUGCCGUAUGUGCACAAACAGAACAAUCAAGAAACCCAACUAUUUGGUUAACUGAGUGGGCCCCAGAACCCCGUGACGUCUACUGGGAUAAUCUUGCGAUUCCGUUCGUGUCACUCACCAUCAGAAGACUUAUAAUUGCAGUUGCUUUUUUCUUCCUUACAUUCUUCUUCAUGAUCCCAAUAGCAUUUGUACAGUCACUUGCAAAUAUUGAUGGGAUAGUGAAAGCAGCUCCUUUCAUGAAGGGACUUUUGGAAGUGAAAUUUGUAACAUCUGUUAUUCAAGGUGUUCUUCCAGGAAUUGCGUUGAAGAUUUUCCUCAUCAUUCUACCUUCAAUCUUGAUGAUGAUGUCAAAGUUUGAAGGAUUUAUCUCAAUAUCUACUUUAGAGCGAAGAUCUGCAACGAGAUAUUAUAUUUUCCAAUUUAUUAAUGUUUUUCUUGGAAGCAUAAUUACCGGGACUGCAUUCCAACAGCUAAAUAACUUCAUUCACCAGUCCGCAAACGAAAUCCCAGUGACAAUUGGAGCAUCUAUACCGAUGAAAGCAACUUUCUUUAUAACAUAUAUCAUGGUAGAUGGAUGGGCUGGAGUUGCAGGAGAAAUAUUGAGAAUAAAACCAUUAAUAUUUUAUCACCUAAAGAAUUUUUUUCUAGUGAAAACUGAAAAAGACAGAGAAGAAGCAAUGAAUCCUGGGAGUUUGACUUUUAACACGGGUGAACCGCAAAUCCAGCUGUACUUCUUACUCGGGCUUGUUUAUGCUGCUGUCACCCCGAUUCUGCUUCCUUUCAUAGUUGUGUUCUUUGGACUUGCUUAUGUCGUGUAUCGCCAUCAGAUUAUAAAUGUGUAUCAUCAGCAAUACGAGAGUGCCGGAGCUUUUUGGCCCGAUGUUCAUGGGCGUAUCAUAACUGCACUGAUUGUUUCACAGUUGCUUUUGAUGGGUUUGCUUAGCACAAAAGAAGCUACUCAAUCAACUCCAUUGCUUAUUGUACUCCCGGUUUUGACCAUUUGGUUUCAUAGAUUCUGCAAGGGCCGGUAUGAACCCGCUUUUGUUAGGUACCCUUUACAGGAGGCUAUGAUGAAAGAUACGCUAGAACGCGCACGUGAGCCAUGUUUAAAUGUCAAGAACUAUUUAGAAAACGCGUAUGUUCACCCGGUCUUUAAUAACGCAAACAGAUGGGACGGGAUUGAUGAUGGAGUUAGUGAUGAUGAGUGGCCUAAAGAGCCCACUUUGGUUGCCACAAAGCGUUCGUCAAGAACAACCACACCAGCCCAAAGUCAACGGAGCGAGUCAACGCGGACAUUGUUAUGUGUUACAGACGAAAGAUCGUGUCCCUAAGAUGGAUUUUGGUUUUUAAAUAUGGUUAUGGAGGGUUAAAAUGAGGCGUAGUAUCAUGUAUAUAAAUGUUGAAAAGCGUUUUCGGCUGAUUAAAGUAUGGAGUUUGUUUUGGUAUUGGGCAAUUAGUGUUGUCCCUUUCUAAUUGAAUCAAUUCUUAUCAAAGCAAAUAUGUCGGUGUCUGGACUAUGGGUUGAUAUGUUAGAUAUGCCGUCAGAUUAACAUGUUUAACCUAUUCAGUUAACCUGUUAUGUCUAUUUAUAAUUUAAUGAA